UUUUAACCCAAUUGUAUUAACUAUUAGCUAUUUCUAGGACCAAGUUAGAACAUCAAGACGAGGACAGAACAACAGUAUUAUGUUGCCCUCCUUUUGCAGUAAUCAAUAUGGCGCCAUCGCUCUUUUGCGGGGAGUGGUGAACACGGCGCUGCAGCAGGGCGCAUUACCUAGUGCUUCGGAAGGGCUUGGGGUAUUUACACAGCACCGAACGGCCACUAAGAAAGCUGGUGGUACAGCAAAGCAAAGUGUGGGCUCGCACCCGAAGCAUCUGGGAAUGAAGAUGUUUGACGGCGAGCUUGCGUUUCCGGGAAUGAUCCUCGCCCGGCAACGCGGUACCAAGUUUCAUCCAGGCCAGAACGUCGGUUUAGGGCGGGAUCAUACGCUCUUCGCAACCAACGUGGGAACCGUCCGCGUAUCGACGGGGACAGGACCCGGCGGCAAGGAGCGGCGUUACAUCAACGUAGAGCCUCUGCCAGAGGUCCUCAUGGCUGCUGGUGCCAACGCCCGCGCUGCGGCAGCGUCGUCCACCGGCCCAACCUCGCAACGGGCGUAUCAAAACUUGAUAGUCGAGGAUCUCGUGAAGCGGCGCGCGCAAAUCAAGCGUGCCAUGCUACGAGGUAGCGUGCCACUGGAGCCGGCGCUGUACUUCAACCUGCCCACCACCCCUGAUGGGAAACUAUCAUGGCUGGAGAGGACGAGGCCGCACGUAGACGCAGCGCGGGUGGCGCACGCAGUUGAGCGGAAAUCCCGACAAGGGCGUGCCCCGGGUAGCGUUCGCUAG